AUCUUCUUUAUCUCCGUUGUACUUGUACCAACCUCCCCCGUUGUAAAUAAUAGGAGUACUUCAAAUACUUCUAUUUGUCAAUAAAAUAUUAGGUAUUAAUAUUAAUAAUUAGGAUUAAUUUUUUCAAUAUACAAGUUGCUGAAAAUUCCACAAUUUUGUUCUGAUUCUUGGUGUGGUGCUCCUCACUCUUCUACAAUUCCCCCAGGGUUUAGAAAAAAUGGUGAAUGGGUUUGAAGAAUCAACAGCAAACACAGAACCAAAUUUUGCAAGUUCUUCGAGUAAUGGGUUUGAAGAAUCAAUGAAAACCGAACAAAAUUCUACAAAUAAUAAUAAUGAUGCUGGUGAUUUUGAGUGUAAUAUAUGUUUUGAAUUGGCACAAGAUCCAAUUGUAACCCUUUGUGGGCAUCUCUUUUGUUGGCCAUGUUUAUAUAGAUGGCUUCGUUUUCAUUCUCAAUCACAAGAAUGUCCUGUUUGUAAAGCCCUUGUUCAGGAAGACAAACUUGUUCCUCUUUAUGGUAGAGGAAAAUCCAAUUCUGACCCUAGAUCAAGGCCUAUUCCUGGUGUUGAUAUACCUAGUCGUCCUUCCGGGCAACGACCGGAGACUGCCCCGCCUCCACCUGGGCCUGAACAGAAUUAUUUUUCUGGGUUUGGGCUUUUUGGUGGGUUUAUGCCAAUGGCUACUGCUAGGAUUGGGAAUAUGACUAUGUCUGCUGGUUUUGGUGGGCUUUUACCGUCAUUGUUUAGUUUUCAGUUUAAUGGGUUCCCACAUAAUACUAUGUAUGGAGCUGCACAUGGGUUUCCUUAUGGGUAUCCUCAAACACUUCAUGGUAAUGGGGUGCACCAUGGUCAUGGAUACGGACAUGGUCACGAGUUUCAGCAUCAUCACCGUGCAGCAAGUCAAGGGCAAGAUUUUCUCCUCAAAAAUUUGUUCCUUAUUGUUGGUGUUCUUGUGGUGAUGGCUCUACUUUGGUCGUAAUGUUGUUUGCUGGUGGAUAUUGUUAACCUGGUAAUUGCUUUGCUUUGAAUGCUUUUAAUCUUGUACAAUUUUUUCGAUCUUUCUGUGUGUUAGUUAAGGCUUAAGGAAGAUGUUUAUAUACAAUAAGAUACGGAGAUACCAAUGAUGGCUUCUGGUGGUCCUCUCAUUGUUUGAAUGUAACUAUAUCAUGGAAUUUUUCUUGCUGUGACAGACUCCAGAAAAAUAGAGGAUUUUUCUGUUGCCAAUUGUUAUUAUGGAUGUUUCUUUUUUUAGUUGUCAUGAUGAUAUUAUAUGUGCAGAUUUGUUUCAUAUCCAUUUACGUUGGCUUUCAUCAAAUAGUUAAUUAACCUUUUAUGCCUUAUGAUUUUAUCCCAUGUGUGGUAUUGUGAUUUAUAUUGCCGUUUCUUCUUGUCAUGGUGUUUCCGAUAUUAGUGUUUUAAGAUAUAAAUUCUAUUGCUUGUGUCUUUAUGAUUUUGCAUUUUAUAUUGAAGGUAGGAUGUUUGUAGUUUUUUCAAUGUAGAACAUAUUUAGAUAUUUUUUUAAUGUGCUGGUAUUGUAUUCUUAGUUAACCUUGAUGAGUUUGUUACUUUGGUUGGUGUUUCAUGGAGUGCCCAACUUGGAGACUAUAAGACCUAGAAUAAACAGUCAGUUUAAAAACACUACCUUUACAUGAAUAUGGGAGUUAUGCUUACUAUAUUGUUGAAUCUGGCUGUACUUUUUAUUCUUUUGAUAUGGUUGCUUUACUAGUGUUCAGAGUUGCAAUUUUCGAAAUGGUAAUCUGAUAUCCAUUGCGUUAACUGAAAUCCCAUUUGGAACCAUUGAAGCACCUUUAGUAAAUGGUAGAGUUCUUAGGAGACGUAAUUAAUUUUUUUUGUUGUUGAAAGUUGGAUCUUGUUUAGUGAGCCAGACUCUUAAUGUUGUCUUAUGUGCUCAUGAUUGAUCUUUGAGGCUUCGAUAUGAGUACGGGCACUUGACAUGCCAAUUUGAAGUUUGGACCAAUUGUGUUAAAUUUUCAAGUAAAUAGUUGAGUUUGACACUUGAACAUAUUCCGAUGUUUGACUCAAUUGCUAAGUAUAGUCCAAGUUGUCAAUUAAUUGGGCAAUAUUAGUGAUACAUGUUGCCUUUUAUCUUUAGUGUUCAUUGUUCACAUUGUCCAGAAGCUGCACAAUUUUCAUUAAGUUUCCAUGUCCAGAUUUUGCUAACAGUGAGAGGGUAAAACAAUGUUUGAAUUCAUCUCUGCCUACAUAAUCAGUAUUUAGAGUUCCCUACAAGUUUUUACUCGAUUAAAAUUCAGUAGGUGGAUUGUAGGCAAGAGAGGGAAAGUUUUUGUAAGGUAAAGCACUCCUUAUCAUCCAUCUUUACUUUAAUUCUCAAUUGACCGUGCUUAGAUUCACUUACAACUUCUCGUAGAUUAUUGCAUGGUGAUAUUCUUAGAUAUGUUUUAGGUUCCUUAGUUUGGUGUUAUGCUUUUUCCCUUGGCUAAAUCUUUGGGUGUCAACACUUGCAUAUUAUGGCCAUGAUAGUGGGUUUGAUAGUGUAUUUUGUAGGAUAGAAAAGUUGACGCAUUAAAUUUAGUAUGAUAUGUUGAUACCUACUUUUCUGUUCCUUUUAAUAUUUGGUAAGCAUAAGUUUAUUCCAGGUUAGGUAAAAUUGAUUAUGUUGUUUAGGAUUGUUAAGAGUUUUAUGUUCAUUUUUAUUUCAUUUUUUGCACCUUUUCCCCUCAUGCUUUGAAGUUAAGAGUUCUUGUGCUUCAACAUGGACCUUAAUGUUUAGAGAAGUUUUGGAUAGUAUUGGCAUGGCAUUAUCGAACGCUGUUGUAUGCUUAGAACUUAAGCUUGAAAGUUGAUAUUGAAGGAAAGACAUUUUGAUUUGUCUGCUAAGAGUUUUGUAGCUUGUAAGUUGAAAAUGAGACUUCUGAUUUUUGGAUUAUUUUGUUGUUUUGACCUGUAAAAUAUAUUUUUUGAAAGUGCAAGCUCAAUUAUGAGCUUGUUUCGUGGAAAGUGGAAUUAGAUUAGAGCUAUUUUAGGAAAGACCUUGUUACUUGUUUUCUAACAGUUUGUGUAGCACUGUAGGUUGUAAGUUAAAAAUGGGACUUCUGAUUUCUUUUGAUGAUUUGUUGCUUUGACCUCUUUCAAAGUGUAAGUUAUGAUUCUGAGCUUGUCUUGUGGAAAGUCGAAUAAAUUGGGUUUGUUCAAUGAAAGAUCUUGUGACUCUUUUUUAACUGAUUGUGUAGCUUGUAAGUUGAAAAUGUGACUUCCGAUUUAUUGACGGCUUUGCUGCUUUGAUCGCUAUAUUUUUAUUUGAAAGUGCAAGUUUUGAUUAUGAACUUGUCUUGUGGAAUAGACUAAGAUGGGUUAAUAUCGUUGUAGUUGGGAUUUACAAACUUGCUUUUCUAGAGAAUGCCAGGAAAGAGAAUAAAACUUUUGUAUGUCUGAAAGUUUGGAAACACUACCUUAGCUGGGCUUUGUGAGUUGCAAAACCUUUUAACAUAGGAGUGUAUUGCAUUUAGCUACUCAAUUUGGCUUUGGCAAUAUUGCAGAAAAUAUCAUUUUACUUCUGAAGUAAUGCACUUAGGAGAUUUUUUCUUCGCAUACCUGAUCUCCCAGUCUUCCAUUCGAAAAAAUACCUAGUUGAACCUAUGUUACUUAGUCUAGUGUAUUAGUGAGUUUCUAUUACUGAAAAUUUUUUAAAUUAAUGGGGAAAUUUCCUUAAAGUUGGACACAUGUAUGGAGACCUCGCUAAGCAUCCAAAAUUUCAUUUUCAAUUUUACGUAUAUUAAUUUUGCUAAGAAAAAUUUUAUAUUGUAAAGUCGUUUAUAGUUAAUUUGUAAAACCAAGAGGAUGGAGAUGGUAUAUUAUUUAGGGUGUGUUCGUACAAAAAAUGUUUUUUCCAGCUAUGAAAACAUGUAGAAAUUAGUUGAGUAAGUCUAAAGCAUAGUGUAAUGUUUAAAUAUGUUACGUUUGCGAUUGUGUAAGUUUCAUGCUGAUGGUGGUGUGAAGUUCUUUGAUUUGCUCAAUAUCAUUGGGAUCAUGAGAUCCCUUGAACCAACCUGAUAUGAUGUAUGCUAUUAAGGGUCAAUUGGAAAAAACCUCGAUGUAUUACAAAUGUAAGCUUGUGCACAUCUGAAUCCCUUAUACGCUAUACCCAAACCUAGGCUGGAACUAAGGUGGAAACCACCUAAUAUGACAUUUCAGUUAUGGAAUGUCUCUUUUUGCCUUCCCCGUACUUCAGCUGUCCCACAAUCACUCGUCUCUCUUUUUUUAGUAAUAUUUUAUUCCUCGUCUUUGCAUCAAUGAUAUGAUAAUCUUUAGUUCUAGUAGGAUUUUUUAUUUUCCUCUCUUCUCCUAGUUCCAUACCGAAGUGCAACCCUGCAUGUAUGGGCACUUAUCAUGCACUGGUGUUUGUACCAUAUCUGCUGAUCAACACCUGUAUGUCGGAAAAUAGUUUAAUUAACUUAUGCUGGAACCAUGCAACAACAUCAUGAACCUGGGCUAUCUUAGAAGCCUUUUUUCCGAGCUUUUAUCACAAUUUGCACGGUGUUAAUUCUGGCCAAAGACCUGCCGUUGAAAUUAUUUGUCACUGCAUUGAUUGGUAAUUAUAUACGUAUCCUUUUGUACCUUAUGUCCCACCAGGAUCUGCAGGUUCAUUUAUUUUUACAUUACAAAGUGUUUAGACCCUAAAUAUUCCACAUUUAGAGAUAAUCAUAUAAAUGCCUAGUCAAGCCUAAUGCUUUGCCAGUAUUGUGAGUUAAACCAAGUGUAUCUGAAUGCCACAUGAUUGGCUUUUUGUAGUUUCAAACAUGGGUUUCCUUGUAACGAAGUUCUUGAAACUGUAUUUAGGGUAUAAUUCUGAUUUUAUUUCCAAACUUGUGGUAUUUUUUUAAAAUUCGUAGCAUAAUUGAUGUCAUGAGUUUCGGUUGUGAGAAUGAUUGGCCAGAAGUGUUGGGAAUUUUGGCAUGUGUUUAGUUAACUUUGUGUUAUACGAGGUCUUCAUCUAUUAUUGUUUGGGGUUCCUUGUUGAAGUCAGACGGCAGUACUGACUUGAGUAGUGCGCUCUGGUUAGCUGCUUUAAUGUGGUGUAAGUAGCUGGCUGCUGGGUAUUAAUUACUAUGAGCUUUGAGAAUUUGUUGUUAGAAAGAAAUCAUGUAGCCAGAUGCUUGUUUUAAUGAAGCAGGCAGCAGAAGCCUAUUAAUUUGAUCUUCUAAAUCAUUGCUAGAUUAUCAUAUUUGACCAGCCUUGGCUUGACAAAGAUUGAAUUUGUUCGAGGGAAUUUCAUAAUUUAUAACGUUGUUUUUAUGAAUGAGUGGAAUGGAGAGGAGCGAAGAAGAGUGAGUGUUUUCUUAUUUGGAAUGGAUAGGAAGUAGAUUGAAGGAGAGGGGAGAAAAUGACUUCAUCGUGUAGCAGAGAGUGAAAGACAUGGAAGUUUCUUCCAAUUCUGCACCAGCAGAAACAAUAUAUGGGAGUCAUCAUGAUUUAUCAUUGCUACCUCAUUGAUACCUUGGCUUUAUUUUCUUUUUUAUUGUUUUAUUUUUGUUUGUAUUUAUUUAACUAUAAUAAGAAAUGCUCGUCAUUUGCAACAUUCAUUAGCCCUUGAAAAUUAAGAACAAGGAAAUGGAAAGAAAGGAAUGACAUAACAGGGCAUUUUGAAAGAAUUAGACUAUGCGUAGAAUGGGAUUAGUUGGAGAGAGAAGGUUCAGGUAACGAACAUGGAGAGGAUUUUGUUGAGAAGGCGGAGAGAGGGAGAAGAGAACGGUGUAAUCGUAGUCUCGUAUUUCUACUAUAUUUUGUGGAGAAGACAGUUUAGUGAGGUUAAACUAGUCUUCACAGAUGUCUGUAAGACUUGUACUCUUUUCCUUCUAUAAAGAUUUAUCUUUUGUCCCCUUUUAAUCUUUCUCCCUUUCGUUUAUCCAGAUGAAUAGCUAUUUUUUUUUAUCCAAACACACCCUUUUUAUUGGUUGAGUUCCUUUGGGUAGAGUCAGCUACCGUCAUAUUUUGUUAGAAUUGUAUUAAGAUUAGUUUUGUUUUAGGCUAAAGGUUAUAUAAGCAUAUCAAGGAUCGAUUUUCACAUCCGGGUUAUGCUUAAUUUCCUAUUUAUAUUGGGAUUCAAAAUUAAUGUUUAUGAUUUUUCGGAAUCAAUUUCUUUCUUUGUCGAGCUGCAACUAAUUCGCAUUUGGAGUUUUGCUUUAAAACUUGAGGGUCGAUUUGAUCUUGUUCUACGCUGUUUAUUAGCUUCUUUAUUUGGUGCUUUUGACGCACAAUGAUCAACCUGAGUCAUAUCCACCUGAUCAAUCACAAUUCUUGAUAACAAACAUAAGAGUACAUAUUAAAUCAUGGAGUAUUAUGCGUUAAGCAUGGUUUUUCUGGUCUCUAUGCAGGUCUGUCUGCUUGGUUUGAAAAAAAAAAUCAGCCAUGAUAUGAUAUCUAUCCCUGAAUGUAAUUCCAGUGUUUGUAGCUCUGAACACCAAAAAAGAAAGAGAGCCGAGGAAAUAAUUUAGUAGUAAAGUCUUUGCAGUGUGUGGAUAGACUUGUAGAAUUCAGACAUGUCUUUAACGUUGACAAGUCAAUAGAACAAGUGAAGUACCAAGUAUUAGUCUUUAGAUAUGGCAGUUCUCAGAAAUUAAUGGGUUGAUGAGUGAUGACUACAAAUAGUGUUUUUUCUUCUACAACUUGGCUGACUUACGCUGCAUGUUGUGUCCCACCCACCCCCACUUCCCUUGGAAAAAAUUCUGAUCAUUGAUGAAUAUACAAUUAGUGUUAAAACUGUCGGCAGGCUUUCCUUUUUUUCUUUUUUUUUUUUUUUUUUUUUUUGGCUUUUUUCUCCCCGUUUGUCUCCUCAUUUACUGGAAUUACUCUUAUUCCAAUUUGAAUUAUUGAUUCAAUCAUAAUGUAUAAAAUUCUAGUACAUUACAAGAGCAAUUACAAAAAAUCAAUACCUUUGUUAGUAGUUUUAGAUGUGAUGGUCAUUUAUUUCCAAAUUAGUAUCAUAUCAAACCAAUUUAAUCACCAUUACUGAAG